CGGGGUGGGCGCGUGGAGCACAGGAGCCCGGUCCCGGGCCUGCAGCGGCUGCAGCGCCGCCUCCCCAGCGCGUCCCGCAGCGGCGCCGCUGCCUGGUUCCCUCCCACCCAAGAUGGCGGAGAGCCUCCCCGAGCAUGAGCGGAUCCUGCAGGAGAUCGAGAGCACGGACACGGCCUGCGUGGGGCCCACCCUGCGGUCUGUAUAUGAUGACCAGCCAAAUGCACACCAAAGAUUUAUGGAAAAACUAGAUGCUUGCAUACGUAACCAUGACAGAGAGAUAGAAAAGAUGUGUAAUUUUCACCAUCAGGGCUUUGUGGAUGCUAUUACAGAACUUCUUAAAGUAAGGGCUGAUGCAGGAAAAUUAAAGGUCCAAGUUACUGAUACCAACCGAAGGCUUCAAGAUGCUGGGAAAGAGGUGAUAGCCCAAACAGAGGAAAUCAUCCGAUGUAGAAUUCAGCAGCGGAAUAUUACAACAGUAGUGGAAAAACUGCAGUUGUGUCUUCCAGUACUGGAAAUGUACAGCAAACUAAAAGAGCAGAUGAAUGUAAAAAGAUAUUAUUCUGCUUUAAAAACAAUGGAACAGUUAGAAAAUACGUACCUUCCUAGAGUUAGCCAAUAUCGUUUUUGCCAAAUAAUGAUAGAAAAUCUUCCAAAACUGCGUGAAGAAAUUAAAGAAAUUUCCAUGUCAGAUCUCAAGGACUUUUUAGAGAGUAUUCGAAAACAUUCUGACAAAAUAGGGGAAACAGCAAUGAAGCAGGCACAGCAACAGAAAACCUUUAAUACAGCUCUUCAGAAACAGAAUAAUGUAAACUAUGGGAGGAAUAUGUAUGUAAUUAAUGGCAGAGUUCCAGAACCUAAGUAUGAAAUUACAUUCAAGCGAACACUUGAGGAAGAGGAUGAACAUGAAGAAGAGGUUUUGACUGCUCAUGAUCUUGUAGAUUUUUCUCCUGUUUACAGAUGCUUGCAUAUCUAUUCAGUUUUGGGUGAUGGAGAGACAUUUGAAAACUACUACAGAAAGCAAAGAAGGAAACAAGCAAGAUUAGUUCUGCAGCCGCAGUCAAGCAUGCAUGAAACAGUAGAAGGCUACAGAAGAUAUUUCAGUCAAAUUGUAGGUUUCUUUGUAGUGGAAGAUCACAUUUUACAUGUAACCCAAGGAUUAGUAACUAGAGCAUACACUGAUGAACUCUGGAACAUGGCACUGUCAAAGAUCAUUGCUGUUCUUAGAACCCAUACGUCAUAUUGCACUGAUCCUGAUCUUGUUUUAGAGCUGAAGAAUCUCAUUGUUGUGUUUGCUGAUACUUUGCAGGGUUAUGGGUUUCCUGUGAAUCGACUGUUUGAUCUUUUAUUUGAAAUAAGAGAUCAAUACAAUGAAACACUGCUUAAAAAAUGGGCUGGGUUGUUCAGGGAUAUUUUUGAAGCAGAUAAUUACAGCCCUAUCCCUGUAGCAAAUGAAGAGGAGUACAAAAUAGUGAUUAGCAAAUUUCCUUUUCAAGAUCCAGAACUUGAUAAGCAAUCCUUCCCAAAGAAACUCCCAAUGUCUCAAUCGGUGCCUCAAAUUUAUAUCCAGGUUAAGGAGUUUAUCUAUGCAAGCCUUAAAUUUUCAGAGUCACUUCACCGCAGUUCGACAGAAAUAGAUGAUAUGCUUAGAAAAUCUACAAAUUUGCUGCUAACAAGAACUUUAAGUAGUUGUUUACAAAACCUCAUCAAAAAGCCACACAUAGGUUUAACAGAGCUGGUGCAAAUCAUCAUAAACACAACACACCUGGAACAAGCCUGUAAAUACCUUGAGGACUUCAUAACUAACAUUACAAAUAUUUCCCAAGAGACUGUUCACACUGCAAGGCUGUAUGGUCUUUCCACUUUUAAGGAUGCAAGACAUGCAGCAGAAGGAGAAAUAUACACCAAACUGAAUCAAAAAAUUGAUGAAUUUAUUCAGCUUGCUGACUACGAUUGGACAAUGUCUGAGCCUGCUGGAAGAGCCAGUGGAUAUUUAAUGGACCUUAUUAAUUUCUUAAGAAGCACAUUUCAAGUUUUUACUCACUUGCCUAAUAACAACAAUGACCAUGCAGCUAUGUCGGGAAAAGUGGCCCAGACAGCUUGCAUGUCAGCCUGCCAACAUCUUUCAACAUCCCUGAUGCAGAUGCUAUUGGACAGUGAGUUAAAACAGAUAAGCAUGGGAGCUGUUCAGCAAUUUAACUUAGAUGUCAUACAGUGUGAAUUGUUUGCCAGUUCUGAGCCUGUGCCAGGAUUCCACGGGGACACCCUGCAGUUAGCUUUCAUUGACCUCAGACAACUUCUGGACCUUUUUAUGGUGUGGGACUGGUCAACCUACCUAGCUGAUUAUGGUCAACCUACUUCUAAGUACUUACGAGUAAAUCCAAGCACAGCCCUUACCCUCCUGGAGAAAAUGAAAGACACUAGCAAAAAGAACAAUAUUUUUGCUCAGUUCAGGAAGAAUGAUCGUGACAAGCAGAAGUUAAUAGAGACCGUAGUAAAGCAACUUAGAAGUUUAGUGAACGGUAUGUCCCAGCACACAUAGACCUGUUAGAUCGUUUGUAUCUCAUCGUGCCGAGAUGUAUUUCUUGGCCACCAUUUCUACAUAGCAGGCAGGGAUGGUGAUUAGGACUCUUGUUUGGUUGAAUA